GUUUAUUUGCUCAAUUCUGAAGGGAAAGGCUUCUGUGGAGGCACCAUCAUCAACGAAAUGUGGAUCGUGACAGCAGCUCAUUGCCUGGAGUUCCAGCCCAAAAGGAUUGUAGCAGGUGAACACAAUAUCUACACUGUGGACAACACCGAACAAUACCGCAACGUGGUGAGAGCCAUCCCUCACCCUACCUACAACACCACCAACAAGUACCACAAUGACAUUGCCCUCCUUGAGUUGGAUGCCCCUCUGGAGUUCAACCACUACGUCAUCCCCAUUUGCCUGGGGGACAAAGAGUUCACCAACAGCCUCCUUAAGUUCGGGGCGGGAACGGUGAGCGGAUGGGGGAAACUGGCUUACCAAGGCCGGCAGGCCAGCAUCCUUCAGGUGCUGAGAAUCCGCUUCAUUGACCGACCGACUUGUCUCAGGAGCAGCAGUUACCCCAUCUUGCCCAAUAUGUUCUGCGCGGGCCACCCCAGCGAAGCCAAGGACACCUGCCAGGGGGACAGCGGGGGUCCCUACACCACGGACAUUGAACACGUCUGGUUCCUGACAGGGAUCACCAGCUGGGGGGAGCAGUGUGCCAAGAAGGAUAAAUAUGGGAUCUACACCCGGGUCUCCAGGUACGUCAAGUGGAUUAGAGAGACCACUAAACGUACAUGAGCGAAUCAAUCCCAAAUCCUGUACCA